UCUGUGCCGCUGCAGGUCCCGGAGGACUUCAUCUCUCGGGAGCUCUUCGACACCAUCCAGGUGUACGUCAUCACCAAGCCCGAGCUGCAGAACAAGCUGAUCACCGUGACAGCCAUGGAGAAGAAGCUGAUCGGCUGCCCUGUGUGUAUCGAGCACAAGAAGUACAGCCGAAACGCUCUGCUCUUCAACUUGGGCUUUGUGUGCGAUGCCAGAGCCAAGGCCUGUGCACUGGAGCCCAUAGUGAAGAAGCUGGCUGGCUACCUCACCACCCUUGAGCUGGAAAGUGGCUUCAUCUCCAACGAGGAGAGUAAACAGAAGCUGGUUCCCAUCAUGACCAUCCUGCUGGAGGAGCUGAAUGCCAAAGGAAGGUGCACCCUACCCAUAGAUGAGUCGAACACCAUCCACCUGAAGGUGAUCGAGCAGCGCCCGGAUCCCCCCAUCGUGCAGGAGUAUGAUGUCCCCGUCUUCACCCAAGACAAGGACGACUUCGUCAACUCCCAGUGGGAUCUCACCACACAGCAGAUCCUGCCCUACAUCGACGGCUUUCGGCAUGUCCAGAAGAUUUCCGCAGAAGCCGAUGUGGAGCUGAACUUGGUGCGCAUUGCCGUGCAAAACUUGCUGUACUACGGGGUCGUCACACUCGUCUCCAUACUCCAGUACUCCAAUGUCUACUGCACCACGCCAAAGGUCCAGGACCUGGUGGAUGACAAGUGUCUCCAGGAAGAGUGUCUGUCCUACGUCACCAAACAAGGGCACAAGCGAGCCAGCCUCAGGGACGUCUUCCAGCUGUACUGUGGGCUGAGCCCUGGCACGACAGUGCGAGAUCUCAUCUCCCGCUACACCCUGCAGCUCCAGAGGGUGGACGAGAGGAGGCUCAUCCAGUUUGGCCUGAUGAAGGGCCUUAUCCGACGGCUCCAGAAGUACCCCGUCAAGGUCGCCCGGGAUGAGCGGAGCCACCCAGCCCGGCUGUACACAGGCUGCCACAGCUACGAUGAGAUCUGCUGCAAGACUGGCAUGAGUUACAAGGAGCUGGAUGAGCGCCUGGAGAACGACCCCAACAUCAUCGUGUGCUGGAACUGGCUGCCCCGCAGAUGGCUUCAGCAGCACGAGUCUGUGGAGAAGCUCAACAUGCACGCCAUCCUGAGCGCCUCCACAGGCCAGGAUCAGCUCCUCACCGAGCUGCUGGUCGCCUACGCCAAGAUUCCUGUUCUCAUUGGGGAGCUGAUCUCUGUGGAGAUCUGGAAGCACAAGAUCUUUCCCGUGCUGUGCCGGCUGGAGGACUUCAAGCCGAGAAGCACCUUCCCCAUCUACGUGGUGCUGCAUCAUGAAGCUUCCAUCGUUAACCUCUUGGAGACAGUGUUUUUUUACAAGGAGAUCUGCGAGUCAGCAGAGGACAGCAUUCUAGAUUUAAUUGAUUAUUGCCACCGAAAACUGACACUGCUCGCAGCUCGGAGCGUCAAUGGACAGACAGUGAAGCCAGUGGAGCUUCAUCCUGAGGAUCUGGCCAGCCCCUCAUCCAUGCAGGAGCUGCAGAAGCAGGCGGAGACGAUGGAGUUUGAGAUUUCCCUGAAAGCCCUGUCCGUGCUGCGGUUCAUCACCGAUCAGGUGGAGAGUCUGCCCCUGAGUGCGCUGACACGGAUGCUGAAUACCCACAACCUGCCCUGCCUCCUUGUCGAGCUGGUGGAGCAUUGCCCCUGGAGCUGCCGCGAAGCAGGCAAGCUCAAGAAGUUUGAGAAUGGUGCGUGGCACGUGGUGCCCCCUGAAGACCAGGUGAAGAUGACCAAACUCGAUGGGCAGGUGUGGCUUGCCCUCCUCAACCUCCUGCUGAGCCCUGAAUGCCAGCGCAAAUACCACUUUGAUGGCUUCAACAAGAGCCAGCUCCUGAAGCUCCGUGCAUUCCUGACAGACGUCCUCAUUGACCAGCUUCCCAACCUGGUGGAGAUGCAGAGAUUUCUGAGCCACCUCGCAGUGACAGAGCCGGCUCCCCCCAAGAAGGAUCUUGUCCUGGAGCAGGUUCCCGUCAUCUGGGACCACAUCCUCAAGAAAAACGCGGGGAAGUGGGAGGCCAUUGCCAAGCACCAGGUGAAGCGCGUCUUCAGCCCCACCGAGGAGGAGCUGAAGCUCCAGGCACGCAGGUGGGCACAGACCUAUAGCCUGGACAUGAUGGAAGCUCUGGCCCCCGACAAGCCCCGCUGCAGGGUGUGCGGCGUGGAGGCGGCCAAGCGGUGCUCUCGCUGCCGGAACGAGUGGUACUGCACGCGGGCGUGCCAGGUCCAGCACUGGCAGAAGCACAAGGCUGCCUGCAAUCUGAUGGCCGGGGAGCUGAAGAGAGCAGAUGACCCCUAA